GUCUCUUUCUCUCUUGUUCUCUUUCCCAUCCUCGCCUUUGCUUUCUUGAGAUUGAACUUGAACAACCAUGAAUCCGGGACAGAAGCAGGAGCAUGACCAAUACCCUCUUCAUGACACACAGUUUGUCCCUCAGCAAAUGGACAGAAACUCGCCCUUUGCCGACCCUUACCCCGAAGAUCAACCUCCUCCGUCUGGCUAUGACCACCAGCCUCUGCUUCGUGAUAAUGCCCCAUCUUAUCCCCCGGAUCCAUUUGGUCAACCCGGAGGCUACCCUCCACAAUCGACCAUGUAUCCACCACAGCCAAUGGGUCCACCCUCGCCAAACAUGCGAUACGGAGAGGCUCCCCGUCGUCAGCCCCGUCGUUACAAGACAACCCGUCGUGUCAAACUUACUCAUGGUAACCUGAUUCUCGACUGUCCCGUCCCUACUCCUUACCUUCAGGCCGUUCCCAUCAAAGAUACCAAAGAAUUCACCCAUAUGCGAUACACUGCCGCUACUUGUGAUCCUGCAGACUUUGCAAGCCAAGGAUAUACGCUCCGACAGCCAAUUUUGCAGCGUAACACUGAACUCUUUAUCGUACUGACAAUGUACAACGAAGAUGAGAUUUUAUUUGCGCGUACAAUGCAUGGUGUCAUGAAGAACAUUGCUCAUCUAUGCUCCCGUGUCCGCUCAAAUGUCUGGGAAGGUCCCAAGGCAUGGGAAAAGGUUGUGGUCUGUAUUGUGUCUGAUGGUCGUAAGAAGAUCCACCCUCGUACCCUGUCUCUCUUGGCUACCCUUGGUGUCUAUCAAGAUGGUGUGGCCAAGAACGUAGUCGGUGACAAGCCAGUUACGGCCCAUAUUUACGAAUACACUACCCAGCUCUCGGUUGACCCAGAAAUGAAAUUCAAGGGUGCUGACAAGGGCAUGCCUCCGUGCCAGAUCUUGUUCUGUUUGAAGGAAAACAACCAAAAGAAAAUCAAUUCUCAUCGUUGGUUCUUCCAAGCAUUUGGUCCCGUCAUCAACCCUAACGUCUGUGUCUUGAUCGAUGUUGGAACUCGCCCAGGAAAGACUUCUAUCUAUCACCUCUGGAAGGCAUUUGAUAUCAGUUCAAACAUUGCUGGUGCUUGUGGUGAGAUUCGCGCCAUGUCUGGUACCGCUGGUGUUGCUCUCCUCAACCCUCUCGUGGCAGCCCAGAACUUUGAAUAUAAGAUGUCCAACAUUCUCGAUAAACCACUCGAGAGCGUGUUUGGUUACAUUUCUGUACUUCCGGGUGCCUUCUCAGCCUAUCGUUUUACUGCUCUCCAAAACGACGAAAAUGGUCAUGGUCCUCUCGAAAAGUACUUUUUGGGUGAAAGUCAACACGGUGCCGAUGCUGAUAUCUUUACUGCAAACAUGUAUCUUGCUGAAGAUCGUAUCUUGUGUUAUGAGCUUGUCGCGAAGAAAAAGGCAAAUUGGGUGUUGCACUAUGUCUCAAGCUCAUACGGUGAGACAGAUGUACCCGAUUCGGUCCCCGAAUUCAUCUCUCAGCGCAGAAGAUGGUUGAACGGUUCAUUCUUUGCUGGAUGUUACGCUCUGUUCCAUUGGCGCAAGGUCUGGGCUUCAGAUCAUUCAUUUGUUCGCAAGCUCAUGUUCAUGUUCGAAGAUCUCUACAAUACCUACAAUUUGAUUUUCUCUUGGUUUGCCUUGGGUAAUUUCUACCUUACCUUUUAUAUUCUCACAAGCGCACUGGGAGCAGAGAGCUUGGACCCAAAACCCUUUUCCGCAAACGUAGCAUCUAUCCUUCACACUAUCCUCAACUACAUCUACAUUCUCUUGAUCAUCGUUCAAUUUAUUCUUGCCCUCGGUAACCGACCUCAGGGAUCCAAAUGGGCUUACUUUGGAAGUAUGACUUUCUUUGCUAUACUGAUGGUUUAUAUGAUGUUUGCUACCAUCUGGAUUACUGUUGUCGGUGUACAAGACGCAGUUGCAAAUGCAGACGGUUCAUUUACGGCAAUGUUGGGUGAAUCGACAUUCAGAAACAUCAUCAUCUCCAUCGUCUCGACCUACGCCAUGUACUUUAUUGCCAGUUUCCUCUUCUUUGACCCAUGGCACAUGUUCACCAGUUUCAUCCAGUACAUCUUCCUCUCGCCUAGUUAUACCAACAUUCUCAACAUUUACGCUUUCUGCAAUACCCACGAUGUGUCCUGGGGUACAAAGGGUGACAACACCGUAUCUACCGAUCUCGGUGUGGUCAAGUCGAAGAAAGACGGAUCUGGUGAUACUACUGUCGAAGUUGAAGUGCCCACAGAACAAAAGGAUAUUAACGAAGCUUACGAAGAGGCCUGUGUCGAACUCACUCGACAGGUUGAGCCUGAAGUUUCCCAUCGUGAUGCAAAGACCAAACAAGAAGAUUACUACCGUUCAUUCCGUACUCGUCUGGUCAUUUCCUGGAUUAUCUCUAACCUCAUUCUUGUUGUCCUCAUCACAAACGAAAACAUCCUCGCAAGCUUUGGUACAUUUGAGGUCAGAAGUACAUCUUACCUUGGUUUCGUGCUCUGGAGUGUAGCCGGUCUGUCCGCAAUCCGUUUCUGUGGAAGUUGUCUUUACCUCAUCUUCCGGAUAUUCAUGGGAUAAAAGAAAGGCGAAGAUUGAAAAGGACAAGAAAAAAAAUUAUCUAUCUAUCCAUCUAUCCAUCUAUCUAUAUAUUGAUCGAUCAAGAUACUCAUUACCACCAACUUUUUUUUUAAAUUUUAUUUCUUAAUUUUCUUUAUCAUUAUUCUAUUUUUUUUUACCUAUAUUUUUAAAGAGAAGCAAAACUUCUUCUUUUGUUUACUUUUGUACAGUAGUAGCAGCCAUAAUGCUCGUCUUAUAUCAAUACUAUCAACCCAUCCAUUUUCCCUAUUUCC